AUGGCCGAUCACGCCACCAACGACAAAGCUGAGCCUGCCCAGGCUGCCGCAGGUGGCAUCAAGCAGAAUGAGGCCAGCACAGAAUCCGCCAAACUUCAGACUGGGGGUGCAACUCAUCAGUUUGCCACGCCUAAGGAAGACGAGGGUAGCUCGAACAAGCGAGCAGGAAGUGCCAAGAAGCAAAAUCGCACCCCAGCGACAUUCAGUGUUGCCACGGAGGACAGUGUGAGGGAGAUGAUGAACAACGCUCGUAGAGUGCUCCAAGAAAAUGGAAACUCGGCUCAGUCAGGAGACGACUUGAAGGACAUGGCAUUGCUUGCCACGAAUCUUGUGCAGCUCAUGAAUGCCUCUUUCAUUGCCACUGACACCAUCGUUCGCGCCAUUGCCUACAUGAGGGGAGACAGUCAACUUACUGCUCGGAGUGCCAUCUCCCAAGCCAGACGGGACCGUCGUGCGCAGAAGAAUGCUGAGCAACCACUCGAAGACGUGAAGAACAGUCCCUUGAGCACUGCUGCUCCGGGUGGUGAGAAAGCUGGGAACAAAUCUGCCGCAUCAAAUGUGAACACAACCUUUGACAUUACCAAAGUCAGUGCUAAUGUCGCUCCAAAGCAGGAAAAUACUGCACUCGUCAAUGGGGAUCAGCAACAGAAAGCACAUUCGCUUCAGCCAAAAGCCAAUAAGAAAAAGAGCCGGCGGAAUUGGAGGGAUCGACGAUCCAUGCGGAAGCAAAAGGAUGGCGUUGACCCGGAAGUGCAAGCAAACCAGGCAAAUGUGACAAACAGCGAAGUCAAUGGCGUGAGCGAGUCAAAGGAAAGUGUGGACAAGAAGGCAACAGCGGGCGAACACAAGCCUGAGACAUCUGGAGAAGAGACUGCGGCUGAGGGUGAAGGUGCGGUCGUUGCUGUCAAGGCUUGA